AUGGGUAGGCGCAGAAUAAUUAAAGCUGCGGCUAUCCUCAUAACUUUAGGAUAUAGCAGCUUACUUGUUUAUCAAGGCGGAGUUAAUUUUAACUUCCAAGAAAGUCGGUCAGUGCAAGUGGCCGAUUUAUCUAUAGAACCUGUGAAUAAAACCAGUAUUUUGGAUAGUGGUCAGAGUAAAAAUAUCACUUUGGAUGAUAUUUUCAUCAGUGUUAAGACAACUAAGCAUUAUCAACAUACGAGAUUGCCGGUUAUAUUGAAGACGUGGUUCCAAUUGGCCAAGGAACAGACUUGGUUCUUCACUGAUAUAGAGAAUGAGCAACUGCAGAACCAAACAAACGGCCACAUGGUAAACACGAAGUGCUCAUCGUCGCAUCAGCGCAAACACCUCUGCUGUAAAAUGUCCGUGGAAUAUGACCACUUUCUGGAGAGCGGUAAAAAAUGGUUCUGUCACUUCGACGAUGAUAACUACGUCAACAUACCUCGGCUGGUCAGCGUCCUACAGGCAUAUAAUCACCAAGACGAUUGGUAUCUCGGAAGAACGUCUGUCUAUGAACCCGUAAAAAUAUAUAGAAAGUUUAUUAGUAAGUUAUUAUAUUCAUUCUGGUUCGCGACUGGUGGCGCUGGAUUUUGCAUAAGCCAAAGUUUAGCUUUAAAAAUGUUGCCAGUGGCAAGUGGUGGCAGAUUUAUAAGCAUCUGUGAAGGUAUUCGACUACCAGAUGAUGUAACAAUUGGUUACAUUAUAGAGCAUAUUAUGGAGACAAAUUUAACUCGGCUGCCAGAAUUUCAUUCUCACUUGGAGCAAAUGAAACUCUUGGUACCGGAAACUUUCCGUGACCAAAUAUCCUUCAGUUACUCCCACUCAAAGAACGGUUGGAACGUUAUAAACGUUCCCGGAUUCGAUAUCAGAUAUGAUCCAACUAGGUUCCUUUCGCUGCAUUGUUUCCUCUUUCCUCAUUUCAAAUUCUGUCCGAGG